GAAUCGAAGCGGCCCUUCGCAGAGCUCGCUCACUUCGGACGCGCAAUUAGGGCGGCGUCAUCGUCGUUGGCUUGGAGAUUUGCGCCGGACGGAAGAAGCUGCAGAAAGGGUGAUUUAGUCAUGAGUCGUCAUCCUGAAGUUAAAUGGGCUCAGAGGCUUGACAAAGUUUACAUCACUGUUCAAUUGCCUGAUGCAAGAGAUGUGAAAGUUAAUCUUGAACCCGAUGGCAGUUUCACUUUUUCUGCCACUGCUGGUGCUGGAAAUAACACCUAUGAGCUACAAAUGGAUCUGUAUGACAAAGUAAAUAAAGAGGCAAGCAAAAUAAAUAUUGGUGUCAGGUCUAUCUUCUGUGUGGUAGAAAAAGCAGAGAAGGGGUGGUGGAAAAAACUUCUGCGUGGGGAUGGAAAGGCUCCUCACUAUGUGAAAGUUGAUUGGGAUAAGUGGGUAGAUGAAGAUGAUGAUGGUCCUGGUGAUUUGGACUUGGGAGGGAUGGAUUUCUCGAAUUUUGGUAAUAUGGGGGGUGAUGCCAUGGAUGACGAUUUUGAAGAUAGUGAUGAUGAAGCAGGGCAAGCAGAGAAAACUGAGAAUGUGCAGAAGACCGGAGACGUGCAGACAACCGGUGAAGCCUCUUCAGAAGCAAAAACAGAAACAUCUGCGAGCAUAUGAGAAGGUCCUUGGAUCAAGCAUUGCUUGCUCUCUUGGUUCCAGCUUGUGGUUGAGGGGGUCUGACGAACCACGAAUUUAAUGCUUCCUUGGUGUGUGUGAGGUGUGUGUGCGCGUGCACCGCCGUUGGAUGUUUUGCUGAGAAUGAUUAUAUAUCUCAAUUAGGAAAGGUAGUUAAUUUUCAUUGUGGCUAAAUCUGUUGGGCUCCGAAGUUUCAUGGAUUAUCUAAAAUUAGAAAAUGUGUUUGACUUUGGUGAACUUCUA